CACGUCAAUGUAACAGAAUCGCGAGCGGAGCUGUUGCGGCUCAUUGCACAUGUCAUAAGUAUCCGGGAGUUAGACGCCAGAGAGAAGAGACAGGGGGGUCGAAACAUCUAGAGAGCGACACAUUUACUCACUCCUUGAAAUAAAAAGGUCCAUCGGCCUAAAGGGAACAAAAUGAGCGGUCAAUAUGAGGACGAUAUCUCAGAAAGAACGGAGUGCAAAAGUAAAUCUCCAACUUUGCUCUCUUCGUACUGUAUAGAUAGUAUAUUGGGCAGGAGGAGUCCGUGUAAAAUGAGAUUGAUAGGGACGCAAAGUUUGCCAACGCUGCCCGGCAGAGCGGAGCACAAUAAGGCGGUUGAAGGUUCCCCAAAAGAUAACUUAACUUUCGACUCGGAAGUGCACCUGCCACCUAAACUGCGCCGGCUGUACGGGGGAAAAUACUUGGACUCCGACAGGGGCUUUCAUGAGCUCGGGGAAAAGGGAGACCGCGAGAGGCUGCUCGACCCAGCUACCUGUGAGAACCUCAAAAUUAUCCAGGCACCACAGGUAAGUAUCAGCCGAAGCAAAUCAUACAGGGAAAACGCCUCUCUCAGUCAGAAUACGGGCGACAAGAGCCCAGAGCAAGGGACCGAUGAGCUCGUGGAACUGGGAACGCUGAAGUUUGAGGAGGACGCGGUGAAAGAGGAGCUUUGCCGGGAGGCGGAUCUAUCCCCGAAGGCGGAAGAGGGGCUUCACAACGAUGGGGAUGUUAAAGAUGGGGAGGACAGCGUGUGCUUGUCUGCGGGAAGCGACUCGGAGGAGGGGAUGCUAAAACGAAAGCAGAGAAGAUACAGGACUACCUUCACCAGUUACCAACUGGAAGAGUUGGAGAGGGCUUUCCAGAAAACUCACUACCCGGACGUAUUCACCAGAGAAGAACUAGCAAUGCGGCUGGACCUGACGGAGGCGCGAGUACAGGUCUGGUUCCAGAACCGACGGGCGAAAUGGAGGAAGCGUGAGAAGGCAGGGGUCCAGACACAUCCUCCAGGCCUGCCGUUCCCUGGCCCCCUAGCUGCAGCUCACCCCCUGAGUCACUACCUGGAAGGUGGGCCGUUCCCCCCCCAUCACCACCCUGCCUUGGAGUCAGCCUGGACUGCUGCAGCUGCUGCUGCUGCUGCUGCUGCCUUCCCAGGGCUUCCGCCACCCCCAUCCAGCUCCACCCUGCCCCCUGCUGGUACCCCCCUUGGCCUCAGCACCUUCCUGGGUGCUGCCAUGUUCAGACAUCCCGCCUUCAUUAGUCCCACCUUUGGCAGACUCUUCUCCAGUAUGGGUCCCCUGACCAGUGCUUCCACCGCUGCUGCUCUUCUGCGCCAGCCAGCCCCCCCAGUGGAGGGUCAGGUCCAGCCCCCUGCCCUGCCAGACCCAUCCUCUACAGCGGCUGACCGUCGUGCCUCCAGCAUUGCGGCGCUGCGGCUCAAAGCAAAAGAACACUCAGCUCAGCUGACCCAGCUCAAUGUCCUAUCCCCCCCUGGAACUGGCAAAGAGGUGUGCUGAGCCACCCUCUGCAGCCACCCCACCUUUCAACAAAGAGCAAGACCAAAAUCAAAAAGAUUGAUACCUGGAGAACGGAGUCACACCAACCCUCACUUCUUAACUCCCCAACCCUGUGAGCUGACCACCAGACUCUGACUGCCCUGUCCUGCCCUGUCCCCUCCAUUCCCUAACUGAGAAUCUAGUCAAAGGAGACAGGUCCUCCUAGCUUACAAACACAACACUAGGUGACAGCGUGUGGAAGGGAUCUGAGACAGGAAGUUCAACCCCCAGUACCCCCUCCCCCCCCUUAAGUUUAACUGGUAAGGACAUAUACUCCGAUGAACCAAUCUUACAGACUCAAACCUUUCUACAUAUCUACUUAUUAUGAGUACACAAGGCAAAAAAACAAAAACAGUUUUGUCAACAAGAAAAGAAUGUGUUCAACAAGUGCUGACAUUUCUGGUCUCUUCCUGUUCAAGGGUGCUUUCUAGUACUAGCCUACUGUAUAUCAAAUUGUUUGAAUCCUUUUUGGGUCAGGUUCAGAUAGUAAUGAAGACUACAGUGCACAAUGAUAACCAGGACUUUAUAUGCAUACACACCCACACACUUUCACACAACCACACGCACACAUCUAAAUGUGUGUGAGUGGGACUCAUAUGUACAUGCAUGUAAGAGCGGUGAUCGAUUCCGGACAAAUUGCAUUUUGACAGUUUGGUGCACAUCAGCACACCAGAGACACCGUUGCUCAGCCUCAAGAUGAACCAAGGUCGCUAUGCCAAAGGGAAGCUAUACUGCCACGCGGUGACUCUGUUAGUCACGGAACUGUGAGGAGUACUUCUGUAUAUAAUGGUGUUAAAUAAAAAAAAAGAAGAAAAGAAGAAAAAAUGAAAAAGCCUUGUAUAUUUCGAAAUGUUUAAAUAAGUUGCACUUGAUGUAGUAUUGUGUUGAUGACGUUUUCCCGUAGACUUUGCGUGUGUUCAUGAAAUAUUAGGUUCUUAGAAUAUUAUUUAUGUCCAUCCUGUAUUUAUGAGCCAAUGGAGGUUUUAGAAACCGCAAGAGAUAACGAUCUUUUUUGUAAUGUAAGUGUUUGUACUUUUCAUGGUCUAGUUAGAGACCGAAAAGCGACAUACUAAAAUAAAUAAAUACGGAGAAAAAUAUU